GCGCUCCAGAGACCGCUGGGCGCCCUGGGGCCAGACAAGACUUAAGUUGGGAGCAGCUGUGUGCACAGGGCCUCGAAGAUGAGGCCGGCGCUUGCUCUGUGCCUCCUCUGUCAGGCGUUCUGGCCCAGGCCUGGCGGUGGCGAGCACCCCACCUCCGAUCGCGCAGGCUGCUCGGCGUCGGGGGCUUGCUACAGCCUACACCACGCUACCAUCAAGCGGCUGGCAGCGCAGGAGGCCUGCAACCUGCGCGGCGGGUCUCUCAGCACCGUGCACGGGGGCACCGAGCUGCGUGCAGUGCUUUCGCUCCUUCGGGCGGGUCCCGGGCCUGGAGGAGGCUCCAAAGACCUUCUGUUUUGGGUAGCUCUGGAGCGCGGGCGAUCUCACUGCACCCUGGAGAACGAGCCAUUGCGGGGUUUCUCCUGGCUGUCCCCCGACGCCAGUGAGUCCGAAAGAGACACGCUACAGUGGGUGGAGGAGCCACUGCUCUCCUGUACUUCGCGGAGGUGCGCGGGACUCCUGGCCACCCAGGGGAUCGAGCCCGCAGGCUGGAAGGAGAUGCGGUGCCAUCUGCGCGCCAACGGCUACCUGUGCAAAUACCAGUAUGAGGACUUGUGCCCCGCGCCGCGCCCCGGGGCCGCCUCUAACUUGAGCUACCGCGCUCCCUUCCAACUGUUCAGCUCGGCGCUGGACUUCAGUCCUCCCGGCACCGAGGUGAGUGCGACCUGCCCCGGGAAGCGCUCCAUCUCCACCUGCGUCGUGGAAGAGACCGGCGCGCGCUGGGAUGGGCUCUCCUCUGCAGCAGUGCUCUGUCCCUGCCCCGGGAGGUACCUCCGUGCUGGCAAAUGCGCGGAGCUCCUUGACUGCCUAGACGACUUAGGAGCUUUUGCCUGCGAGUGUGCUGCAGGCUUCCAGCUGGGCAAGGAUGGACGCUCUUGUGUGACAAAAGGGGGAGGACAGCCGACCUCUGGGGGGACCAAGGUGCCCACGAGGAGCCUGCCUGCCACCGCGAUCAGUCCUGUUUCAAAAAGGACAUGGUCAUCCCGAGUCCACCAGAAGCCAGGAGAGACACCUGGUGUAACUGGACAAGGCAGUUCUGCAGCACCUAUUCCAGACAUUCUUCAGUGGGGAACAGAGAGCACGCUAUCUACCUAUCAAAUGUCCCUUCAAACCGAGUCAAAAGUCACCAUCACCCCACCAGAAAGUGUGAUCCCCAAGUUGAAUUCCACAUCUUUUCCCACUCUUCAGGGUUUUGACUACUCCUCAACUGUGGUCUUCAUACUUGUAGGCAUAGCGGUAGUAGUGUUGGUUAUCUUGACAAUGACUGUGCUGGGCCUUUUCAAACUCUGCUUCCACAACAGCCCUUCCUCAGAGCCAGGGAAAGGGCCUUUGGCCUCAGGGGGCAUGGAAAGUGAUGCAGAGGCCACUGCUUUGCCCUCCAGAUCUGCACAUUGCACAGACAAUGGGGUGAAGGCUGGGGACUGUAGCCUGAGGGGCAAAGCAGAGGGUUCCUCUCUGACGAGGUCCUCUCUUGGCAGUGGGGACACAUAGGAAACAGAAGACAUGUACAGACUCUCUUUAAUUUCAAUGAAAAGGGAAAAGAACUUUUUUUUGCAAAAUGACAAUUCCUACAGAAUUUUCCUUUCUGUAAGCUUCUUCUACUUCACCAAGGGGAUAAAUCUGACCAGUACAACCAUUCCCUGAAGGUAGAAGAGGUGUGAGUGCCUUAGGAUGCUUCUGGAGGGCAAGGUCAUUUUGGGAGUUGGUAAUUUCUUAUGUUCUGGGAAAUUGGCAGAAGUGAUUGAACAUUUCAAGACAUUGGAAGCAAAUGGAAAACUAUAAGUUUGGGAAAGUUUAUUUUUACCAAAAUGGGAAGGAAAUCUGUUUUGUUCAGGCUGGGACUAUAUUUGUUUGAAAUUCGCAAAAUAAAUAAAUAAAUAACAAAUUGUUAACAGGUUAGACUCAACUAUGCUUGGCUUCUGCAAGGAAUAAUUAUUUUGGAAGAAAGUAUGCUGAGAAUAGCCCAAGGUAUGUAUUCUUUUUAGAU